AUGGCUGCUGGGAUGGAGGACAUGGAUCUUUUUACCCAGGAGCUAAUGAAAGGUAUUAUGGACAAAGCAACAGAUCACCAUGAUGAAGCAGCAAAGAUAAAAACAGCAGUGAAUGUCACAGAAAGUCGUAGUCAAACAUCAAUUACACUUGCUGAACAACUAGAAGAGAGGCUGAAAAAAUUGGAUACAGAUCCUUUUGAUGAAGACGAGGCUGAACUACGUUUUCUGCACUCUAAGCCAACAUGUUUUGUGUUGAUUGGAAAACCAGGGGCAGGGAAAACAGCAUUAGGGAGAAGAUUGGCAGCAGAAUGGAAGUGUGAAUUUGUACAUGCUACAGAUAUCAUAAUGCAAGCCAUAGAAAUGCAAACUGAAAGAGGAAAUAUAGUGUCUGAAAUUUUACUGAGAGGAGAAGCAAUACCAGAGGAGAUUGUUGCCAAAAUGAUUGAAGAAAAAAUCAAUUCCAUGGAAGUGGCACACCAUGGGUAUAUUUUAGAUGGGUUUCCAUCCCUUUCGGAAGAAUACAUGAGUUUAAAGGAUCAACUUGAAUUGGUCAGAAACUGGAAAAUGAAACCAGACUUUAUUAUCAACCUAAAAAUGCCUGACAAAGAUUUAGAGCGGAGACGUUUGGGUCAGCGUGUAGAUCCUGUCACAGGGGAAAUCUACACGCAGGAAAUGUAUGCCCCUGACAAACCAAAAGAGGUACAGUUCAUUGAUAAGGCUUCACUCUUUAACAAUAAGAAGGAAAUGUAUAUUUAA